AUGACAAGCGGCAUCCGCAAUAUUUCCGCAGCACGCAACAUGAGCAGGGAGGAGCGGUGGAGCUUGGCCGGCAAGACGGCGCUUGUCACCGGAGGAACCAAAGGCAUCGGGCGGGCGAUCGUGGAGGAGCUCGCCGGCUUCGGCGUCCGUGUGCACACCUGCGCUCGGAGCGACGCCGACGUGCGGGAGCGGCUGCGUGGGUGGGACGCCGACACCGACGCGGGCCGGCUGCGCGCGCGCGUCACGGCUUCCACCUGCGACGUCUCCUUACGCGGCGACAGGGAGGCGCUCAUGGCCACGGCCCGAGCCGAGCUGGGGGGCAAGUUGGACAUCCUCGUCAAUAACGCCGGGCAGACCUUCUUCAGGCCAGCGACAGAGAGCACGGCGGAGGACUACGCCCGCAUCAUGGCCACCAACCUGGAGUCGUGCUUCCACAUGUCCCAGCUCGCACACCCGCUCCUCCUCCUCGCCGGCGGUGGAGUGGUGGUCAAUGUCUCCUCCCUCGCGGGAUUUAUUGUCUACCCGCAGCUUUCGGUGUACUCGGCGACCAAGGGCGCCAUGAACCAGCUCAGCCGGAGCCUCGCCGUGGAGUGGGCGCGUGACGGCAUCCGCGUCAACUGCAUCGCGCCAGGGGGCAUCCGGACAGACAUCUUGAGGAGCAGCGGCAUUAUUCUUGACCCGGAGGUGAUGGGGAUGAUGGUGGAGGCGGAGAACGCACGCGUACCCUUGGGACGCAUGGGCGACCCCGAGGAGGUGGCGUCGCUCGUCUCGUUCCUGUGCAUGCCGGCCGCAUCGUACAUCACCGGGCAGGUCAUCUCCGUCGACGGCGGCCGCACCAUAGCCGCCUAG